AUGUCUCUUACUUCCAACACAGAACACCAUCUUCCUUUGUAUUUAAUAGGUAGUCUGUUUGAAAUAUUAUCCAAGAAAUCUACACAUCCAACACUUCCAUCAGCUUGGAAUCGCAGCGAGUCUGUUGAAUUGAUACAAGUGGGAAAAAACGGAUUAAGGGCUAAAUAUAUUGGUGGAGGACUUGUUGAUGCAGCUAUCAGGACAGAUUAUCCCAUACCACAAGAAUGCGGGUUGUACUAUUAUGAAGUCGAAAUAAUCAACAAAAGCUCUAAUGGAUACAUUGGAAUUGGCUUUACAACGAAGAGUGUGUCACUUGGUUAUCAACCAGUAUGGCACCAUAAUGCCUAUGGGUAUCACGGGGAUGAUGGGAGAAAAUUCCAUGCAUCAGUUAGGGGAGAGGCGUAUGGCCCACCAUUUACUACUGGAGAUGUUAUUGGAUGUGGUAUAAACUUUUUAAAGGGCACUGCAUUCUACACUAAAAAUGGACAUAAUCUGGGCAUUGCUUUUCGAGAUGUUGAGGGAGACUUCUAUCCAAUGAUAAGCCUUAGUGCUUUUAACGAGACAGUUGAAGCUAAUUUCGGUCAGGAUAAAUUCGUGUUUGAUGUCGUUAAAUAUGCAAAGGAACUUUUUGCAGAAACUAAUGAGAAUGAGGCUAUUGCUAUGUUGAAUGUCAUACCCAGUGAUCUAUAA